UCUCAGUCUCACAUUCCCCGCACUGAGGCCCGAGUUGCGGGAGCUGCAGUUGAACAAGAGCCGGGAGGAGAGGAGGGUCGGGGCUCCGGGUGAUGGAGGAAUGAGGGAGGGAAGAGCCGGAGCGAGUUGCGGGGAGAGAGCGGAGGGGAAGGCAGUGGAGGCGGCAGGAGAGAGAUGGAGGCGGGGGAAGUGCGAGUUCUCUGCGGGACUGGCUCUGAGUCCACGCCCGGGGCAGCGCUGCGGAUCUGGCCGUCAUUCAAGCGCCGCUUCCCGAGCCUCGAUCACUGGAGGAGAAGGAGCCCGGGCUGAGUCCCAGUCAGUAGAGAGUCUCUCAGACUGGUGUUAAGGGUUUGCCCAGUGUAGGAUGAACGGAGCAGCUGGUGGUGUCACACAAGCAAAAAUGACGGCCCCAAAAGAUCAAGACCCAUGGUCCCAGGAUGAAAUGUUGACUCUCAUACAAACCAUGAAGACCCUCCUGCCCAGCCAGGACAACUCCAAGUUCAAGACCACAGAGUCCCACCUGGACUGGAACAAGUUGGCCUUCAAGAACUAUUCCGGUUCCAUGUGUCGCCAGAAGUGGAUGGAAAUCUCCAAUGAGGUCAGGAAGUUCCGGACUCUCUCGGAGUUGAUCCUGGAUGCGGAGGAACAUGUGAGACAUCCAUACAAAGGCAAAAAGCUGAAGAAACACCCCGAGUUUCCCAAGAAGCCACUCACCCCUUACUUCCGCUUUUUCAUGGAGAAGAGAGCUAAAUAUGCAAAGCUGCACCCCGAAAUGAGUAAUCUGGAUCUCACUAAGAUUCUGUCCAAAAAGUACAAAGAGCUGCCAGAGAAGAAAAAGAUGAAAUACAUCCAGGACUUCCAAAGAGAGAAGCUGGAGUUUGAGAGGAACCUGGCUCGAUUCAGGGAGGAGCAUCCUGAUCUCAUGCAAAAUCCAAAGAAGUCUGAUGUCCCGGAGAAGCCCAAGACCCCUCAGCAGCUGUGGUACAACCACGAGAGGAAGGUCUACCUGAAACUGCAUGCAGAUGCCAGCACUAAAGACGUGAAGGACGCAUUAGGGAAGCAGUGGUCCCAGUUGACUGAUAAAAAGCGCCUGAAAUGGAUCCAUAAGGCCCUGGAGCAACGCAAGCAAUAUGAGGGCAUAAUGAGGGAAUACAUGCAGAAGCACCCAGAACUCAACAUCGCAGAAGAGGGCAUCACUCGCUCAACUCUCACCAAGGCUGAGCGCCAGCUGAAGGACAAGUUUGAUGGCCGGCCAACCAAGCCUCCACCGAACAGUUACUCCAUGUACUGUGCAGAACUGAUGGCCAACAUGAAGGACGUUCCCAGCACAGAGCGCAUGGUCCUCUGCAGCCAAAGGUGGAAGCUGCUCUCCCAGAAGGAGAAGGACGCCUACAACAAGAAGUGCGAGCAGAGAAAGAAAGACUAUGAAGUGGAGUUGAUGCGUUUCCUUGAGAGUCUCCCAGAAGAGGAGCAGCAGAGGGUUCUGGCUGAAGAAAAGAUGGUGGGUAUGCAUAGAAAAAGAACUAACACCGCAGCAUCAAAGAUGGCCACCCAGAAUGCUGCAAAGGUAAGGAGCAGAUCUGGACAGGCCGACAAGAAGAAAGCAGCAGAUGAGAGGGCCAAACUCCCGGAGACUCCCAAAACCGCCGAAGAAAUCUGGCAACAAAGCGUGAUUGGAGACUAUCUUGCUCGCUUCAAGAAUGACCGCGCUAAAGCCCUGAAGAGCAUGGAGGGCACGUGGCUAAAUAUGGAGAAAAAGGAGAAAAUCAUGUGGAUAAAGAAGGCAGCAGAGGACCAGAAACGCUAUGAGAGAGAACUAAGUGAUAUGCGUGCCACUCCGACCCCAACGACAGCAGGAAAGAAGGUCAAGUUCCUGGGAGAACCCAAGAAAGCACCCAUGAAUGGCUACCAGAAGUUCUCCCAGGAGCUCCUGUCCAACGGAGAACUCAACCACCUCCCCCUUAAGGAACGUAUGGUAGAAAUUGGAAGCCGGUGGCACAGGAUUUCUCCCUCUCAGAAGGACUAUUACAAGAAGCUGGCAGAGGACCAACAGAGGGUCUAUCGUACUCAGUUUGACACCUGGAUGAAGGGUUUAUCGUCACAAGACCGGGCAGCAUACAAGGAACAGAAUUCAAAUAAACGCAAAAGUACAGCGAAAAUACAGGUUCCCGUCGCGAAACCCAAAUUAGUAGCUCAGAGCAAAUCGGAUGAUGAUGACGAAGAUGAUGAUGACGACGAGGAUGAAGACGAUGAUGACGACGAGGAUGAAGAUAAGGAGGACUCGUCUGAAGAUGGAGACUCUUCAGAGUCUAGCAGUGAUGAGGACAGUGAGGAUGGAGAAGAGAACGAAGACGAAGAAGGCGAGGAGGACGAGGAUGAAGAAGAGGACGACGAUGACAACGAAUCGGGAUCCAGCUCUUCUUCCUCCUCUUCUGCAGACUCUUCAGACUCGGACUCUAACUGAAGACAAGAAAAUUUCAAUCGGACUUUGGGGGGCGGCUUCAGAAAUACAAAAAAAAAAAAGGAGGGGCAAACAAUUGUUACCCUUUUCAGGGCUGUUAGGGUUUAUUCUAGUAUGGCUUGGAAUCUUUGCCGCCAUGUUUGUAGGGGCGGCUUUACAGGGUCACGUUGUUAGGAGAUGGAGGGCACGUUUGCUUUCGAGGGGCAAGAGGGGAUCUCCUCUGGUGCCGUAUUGUCACCCAUUAUUCCCGUUCUCUGUAUAGUAACGUUCUCAGUACUGUUUUCGGUUAUUGGACUCCCGUAGUUAUGCCCCCUCCCUUCUAUGUCUUCCUAUGUGUGGCACCUUUUUAUAGCACUCUCCUACUAUAACCAGCACUCUCACCUGUACCAAGUCUGUCUCCCUUCUUUAGCUGCCCAAUUCAUUCAUUUGUUCAAUUGAGAUCCAAACGUGGUUCUGUUUGAUAUCCCCACGGACAAUAUGGAGUUGCCUCUGCUUUGCCAUUUGCAUAUAGUCUGACCCACUCAGCUUCCCGUUAUGUUCUGGUCUAUAUCGGGCCUUGUCCUUUCUAUCAUUCCCGUUUUCUUUCCAUAAUCUCGUAUAGUAACCCCGCAGUUUAAAUGUCAUUCUGUCCUUCCAGCGUCCGUACCAAUGGCCGACAUCGUGAUGGCAGGAAUAGAUGGUUAAUAUCACUUCUACUCUGUAAUAUAUGUGGACAGCCUCUAUGUAAUAUAAUUGUGGGAGGAGCUAUGGCAUGUUUUGGGAGGGGGUGUAACCCAUAUAUAGGCAGUCACAUGGCAGGAAGACACUCUACACUGUAGAGAUGGCCCCCCCCCCAAAAGAAAAACAAAAACUUUUUUUUUUUUUUUUUGCGGGCAGGUGGGCUGUUUAAUUUUUUAUUUUGCUUGUACCUAAAACAAUGUUGUAUUUUAGCAGACCUGUUUUAGUAUCUCUCUUUUUUUGUUUUUUCCUCUCAAAAAUAACUUUUUUUUUCUGUUUAAAAAAAAAAACAUUUUCUUUUGAUAUUGUUUCUCUUUUUGGGGAAAUGUAGAUUCUUACGGUGUGAUACGAACGCACGGUGAGAGGUUAAAAAAACCCUUUUAGUGCAUUUUCAGCACUGCGGAAAAAAAAAAUAGGACGUGAGCCGUGUUACAAAAAAGAAAUUUUUUUUCCUUUUUUUUUUUCUCCCUGUAUCGAUGAUAUUUAAAAAGACAAAAAGCGCUUUUUUUGUAGUUUAAAAUUUAAAAAUGACCAAAAAAAAAAAAAACUGAAAAAAAAUGUGUUUUGUAACAUCCGUUGAUUUAGUGUAGGCAGUUUUCGGAAUUGCGUGCGUUCUCAUUUUUGUUUUGUAAAAAGAGGGCGGGUGGGGAGAGGUUUUUCUGUUCAGUACUCUGGAAAAUAAAAAGAGAACUUUAGGGAAAA